AUGGUUUCUACGGUCAAUGAGGAAUACCGUGCAAUGUGCGAACUCAUCUACCUACUGUUGGACCGCACUAGGUCUUCGGCUUCCCAACCGUUGGUCGUGUUGGCCGGGAGCCCAAUCGGCCCAUUGAAAGCGUGGCGAGUUCGCCCUACCGACUUGGAGCCUUUCGAGUCGGGCCGACGGGAUUCGCAUCCUACAACAACAGCUGUCGAUGUGCGCAUACAGUUCUUCGGGUUUCUGCAUGCUCUAAGUCGUGGACUUGUCGCACAUAAAACUUGCGCUUGGACUGGCCAAGGACCAAACUUUCUCGGUAGCCACAGAGAUCCACCAGUCCUGGCAAUCAACAGUGAAAGUUUGGAGUGGAAGGCUCUCAUCCUUGUGGCCGUCAUGGUUCGGCGCUUCUCAUGGAGCCAUCUCCUCAUUGACUGCACCGAACUCUUUGUCGUUUGUGGUCAUGAUCCCAAAGAUAGGCCCGCAACAGAGAUGCCUCCUGACAAAGGUCGGGGUAAUUCCAUCGACGUUGCCAUCGUCGGUGGCGGUUCCUCAGGAGUGUAUGCUUCCAUUGCGCUCAAGGACAGGAAUGUCUCCUCGGUUGUGGUUGAGAUCAGCGACCACCUUGGAGGACACACCGAGACUUACACUGACCCUGAGAGUGGUGUCCCAAUCGAUUAUGGUGUUGUCAUCUUCCAUAACGCUGAUCUUGUGAGGAAAUACUUUGGGCGUUUCAACAUUCCUCUCACCACCAUCAACUUCAAUGGCGCAAGCUCUUUCAUGUAUGACUUCACAUCUGGCAAGCAGGUCAUCCCCCCUCAGGCGCCAGACCAGCAGGCUGUCGCCACGGCUCUUGCAAAAUAUGCUCAGCUUAUUUCUCAAUGGCCUGAGCUGACUGCCGGCUUGUUUGUGCCAGACCCAGUGCCAGACGUCCUUAGUCAGCCUUUGUUGCAAGUUGCUCAGCAAUACGGCUUCGAGGCUGCCCUUCCCUUGAUGGCCACCUACAACCCAGGUCUUGGUGACCCGCUCACCAUCCCUCUUCUUGAGGUCAUCCGUGUCUUCAACCUCGAUCUCCUCCAGACAUUCCAAGCCGGCUUCCUCACAACCGCCGCCCACAACAACAGCAUGCUCUACACCGCCGCCACUGCCGAGCUCGCCGCCGAUGACAGCCUCCUCCUAUCCUCGUACGUCCAGGACGCCGAUCGCACUCAAUCCGGCAUCUCCCUCAUCGUCAAGACUCCCAAGGGCAAGAAACUCAUCAAGGCCAAGAAGCUCCUCAUCACCAUCCCCACCAAAUUGGACUACCUCAAGCCCUUCGACCUCGACAACCGUGAAGCCUCCGUCUUCGCCAAAUUCCUGAACGGCGCCUACUACACCUCCGUCGUCAAAAACUCCGGCCUCCCGCCAAACUCCACCACCAUCAACGCAAAGCAAAACACUCCUUUCAUGCUCGCCCCUCUACCAGGUGUCGUAAACGGCCAGUUCAGCGGCAGCCCCAAGCUGCACACUGUCUACUACCAGGGCCCCCGCACCCCAGCAUCCCACCCCUACAGCGACCACUUUGUCAAAUCCGAGAUCCUCGCCGGCCUCAACAAGCUGCAUCAGGUCAACCCGCAAACAUUCCCCCAGUCCGCCGGUAAGCCCGAGUUUGUCCGCUUCAGCAGCCACUCGCCAUUCUACCUGCAGGUACGCAGUGAGGAUAUUAAGAACGGCUUCUACAAGGACUUGUAUGCGCUACAGGGUAUCAGGGGCACCUUUUACGCGGAUGCGAGCUUGAAGGGACAGGAUAGUUCUGGGGUCUGGCAGCAUGUCAACGAUGUGGUUCUGCCGCAGCUUUUGGCUAGUCUGCGUAAGUAA